UUGUCCCUCAGCCGCCCGCUGCCUGUCACAGGUGUGGCCUGGCUCACCUGUCGCCGCCUGGAAGUUCCCUGAAUUCGCCAAGGCCCGGGAAAACAGAAAACAAGAUUGGGAACCAAAGGGAUUGAGACCCAGGGAAGGGUCUGAGGAGGGUGGAAGCGUCCAAGGACUAUCCGUGGAGAUGAUUUCGGCUUCAGGGGCCCGUUACCAGAGGGUCCAGGCCGAGGACUGGAGUGAAGAAGAGGAAGAGGAGGAGAAAGUCACCAUCUACCUACACUCGGCAUCAGCACGCUCCUUAAUUUCUCGUCAGAGGCGGGAGUCUUGCGUCCGUAUCAGUGUGUCGUUGGUGUUGCUCGGCAUUGGCUUUUAUUUUGGAUUCCACGUUUUAAGCUACGGCAGCCUGGAGUCUCCCGGGAAAGGCAGCUGUGCCAAUGAUGCAAAGGCUCAUCAUCACCAAGGCAACAAAGUAGCUCCUGAUCACCACCAUGAACAUGGGGUUUAUCACCAUGUCGCUGUGAUUUCUGAUUCAGAAAUCUGCUCCAGCUUUGCGAAGGAGAUCCUGAUGGAAGGUGGGAAUGCAGUCGAUGCUGGAGUUGUGGCAAUGCUGUGUUUGGGAGUGGUGCAUCCACACAGUACCGGAAUAGGUGGUGCUGUCUCUGCAAUAUUCCACAGCAAAAUGUUGGGGGUGACGAAGGUUCUCAACGCUUAUCCCGUGGACUCCUUGAACCUGAGCUUCGGUAUCCCAUCAACCCUCCAGGGUCUCCGACUGUUGCACCGAGAGUACGGCAGCCUGGCCUGGGCCGAGCUGUUCCAGCGGCCGGUGGAGCUGGCGAGGAAGGGCUUCCCUGUCGAUCGCGUCCUGGCGGGAGCUGCAAAAGAGGCGGCGAUACGGGGGAUUGACCUGUGCCCCAUCCUCUGUGACGGGGGACAGCAGCUGAAAGGAGCGGGGGUCAACACCACCAACGGGAAGCUGGCUGAUGUCCUUGAGAGGGUCAGCACAGACAUGGGAGAGGCCAACUUCCCAGAGUCCCUCGCUCGGCGGCUGGCCCGAGACUUACCGAGGAAGGGUCGGCAGGAAUUUGUGCGGGCUGCCGUGGGGCAGCAGGCUGCCCUGGUCAACCCCCUGGUGAGCGGGCUUGAUCGUUUCUCACUCUACGCAGCCCCCCCUCCUGCCUCGGGGGGUAUCUUGGCACGGAUCGUGAAGCAGGCUGGGCGACUCAACCUCUCGCUCUCGAGCCUUUCCGGCUCUGAAAACGCGUCCGCCGCUUACCGGGAUAUUCUGGAUGCAGCCCGCCGGGUUUACCGGAGCCAAUCCAGCUUCCCGUCAUCCGCUCCCUGGAGCCGCCAGAAACAGAGAGAGGACAAACCCUCCAACAAGACAUCUCCGGCCGGCAGUCAGGUUGUGGUUAUUGAUCACUCUGGUAACUUGUUGGCGAUGGUGGGCUCCCUGAAUAGUGCCUUCGGGGCGGGGUUCCUGUCUCCUUCCACAGGCAUUUUCCUCAGUGAUUUCACCAGGAGAAUGGACUCUGAAAUCCAUCUUUGGGCCUGUCCGGCAGUGCUGACCACUGGGGACGGGGAUGAUCUCGUGGCCAUGGUGAGUACAGGAGGAUCCUCUGUCCCGUUUGCCAUCGCUCAGAUGGUGCUGAACAAAGUUUACUUUGAGAGGUCGACCAAGGAAGCCGUCUCUGGCCCCCACUUUUACCUGAAUGUCGGAGAGGGAGGAACCUUGCGCAAGCUGGUGUCCGGACUACGGAGAGAUUCUGAAAUCUAUACCCUUUUGUUGCGGGAGGAGCCCGAGCUGGAACUGGUCAAUGAAACUGCAGCAGGUGUGACUGUCGCAAUGGUGGGAAUCCACCUAGGCCACAUCAGUGCAUUUGGACAACCGCAAGCACACCUAUAUGCUGAUGGUUAUUAACACCAUGGUAUUCCUGUUCUGUUCAGAAUGAAUAGAUAACGUCUCCUUCCCCAUCCCCUCCAGCUGGCUUCUCCUAAAUGAUUUUUGGAGUUUUUAAGUUUCCCCCGUUCCACCUUAAAUCCAUUCCUGGGGUACCAGCCAUUCCUUGAUUGCUACCUCCUCUCGUCAUUGAAUUGUAUGGUCACCCUGUGGCUCCUCAUUAGUGCUCUCCCCUCCAGUAUUGAGGGGCACGUCUCGUAUUUGUCAGACAUCCUUUCUUUUGAUUUAGACAUUAGGCCAAGACCUGUCUGCUCUCUCAGGUAGAUUUAAAAGCAUCAGAGCACUUUUUGAUGCACUGCACGGGAGUUGUCCCCUGUGUCUGGCCAGUAUUUAUUCCUUAAUCAAUACUGACCACAGAUUAUUUCUCCCUUAACUCAUUGAUCUCUGUGGGAGCUUGCUGUGCUGCAAUUCCUACAUUUCAACGGAGACUUUGCAUCAGCAGCACUGCAUUAGUUGUAAAGCACUGAGAGGCUAGGUCCAGGUGCUACAGAAAUGUAAAUCUGUCUUUUAAUUUAUGGAUCAUUCAUUUUGAAGAUAAUUUCUUACAUAAUACCAGUUGCUAAUCCCAUGUUAGCAGAAUUGCAUGCAACAAUCCCACAUUAAUUAAAUAUGUAUUAUUUUAAUUAUUUUAAUAAAACGAAACGUAUAAGUGCUGAAAUAACAACAGGGAAUGCCACGACCUGACACUGCAGGACCAUCACCCAUUCUGACUGAGGGUAUCCAGCUUAAACAGUAACGUGCCUCUUCCUCUUUAUGAUGAUUACUGACCUCUCAUCUCUCAGUAUUUCAUGUAUUUCCCUGGUGGUGGGUUGAAGAGAUUUGAUUGCACUGCAUUAAGCUAGGAGUCGCGCCUUUCGAUGAUAUAUCCAUCAAGUCUUGUUCUGCCUCGCCUGGAAGAUCAGAUUGCACUGGGGCCCAGCAGGGCUAGUAAAUGCGUCCUUAUUGGAUUUUCCCUCGAGGAUAUGAACAGGGAUUGAACUGCAUUGAUCGUGACUGCUUUCAAAUCCCACCCCCUUUGGCAGAUUGCAUAAAGGGGAUUGCAUUAAAGUGUGAAUGGAGA